CCCGCAACAGGUUUGCGGGGAUCUCGGCGCUUACAGUGCUCUCGGACGAUGGUAGCGGGGCAACUGGCAUUGAGGCUGAGCAGCUUGUGGAAAAGGACUACUUUAGCAGAAAGGCCCCCAAGCCUCAGCUAUAUAGGCAAUUCUACAAAUCUAUCCCUAUUCCAUUCCCUUUCCCUAACGACUUCUGCGUUGGAGUUGUGAGGCAGAGUGUUGCUGUGAGACUCGUUGGAUUGGAAACCAUGUCUGGAUAUCAAGGCACGCCCCCACCAGGUGGGAAUUACUACCCGCCUCCCCCUGAUAAGGGCGGAUACGGUGCUCCCCAGUCUUCAGACUCCUCGCAACAGCAACAGUACUUUGCGCCUCCGCCGGGUGGUCAAUCCUAUCCUCCUCCACCACCCUCCAGUCCUCCUGCCCAGAUACCCGGUCAACAGCAGCAGCAGCACUAUCCUCCUCCACCUGGUGGUGCCCCAGCCGGGCAUCCCCAUGCUCAACCGCAUUUCUCUCCACCACCUCCUGAUCAGUCACAAUUCCAACCCUCACCACAGCAGCAACAGCAUUUUCCGCCGCCCGGAAGUGCUCCUCCGCAACCUCAGAGCCCAUAUGGCGCCCCACCGAACGCGACUCCGCAUCCUGGAAUGCCACCGCAACAGGUGAGCCACCAAAGUUAUACUGGGCCACCACCACAGCAGCAGCAGCAGCAGCACCAAUCCGAAAGACAAGCACCACCACCGCAGCAGCAAGCAGUUCAGGCUUCUCAGCCUCAAUUUGUGGAUUCCACACAAUCAGAUGAUGUAGGGACAUUCAACGGUGGAAGCUACCGUAUCAGCCACCGAAACACCAAUUCCAUCCUCACGAUCCAACUCGCCAGUGGAUGUCCUUUGACCGCUAAACCGGGCGCGUUGAUUGCAAUGACCCCAACCAUAACCCUCAAAGGAUCAGCAAAAUUCACCCUCAAGAAGUACAUCGCAGGCGGCGAACUGAGUAAAUCGACCUACACGGGCCCUGGCGAGUUGCUCCUUGCGCCUGCGACUCUCGGCGAUAUAACCGUCAUUGGGCUCACGGGCCAGAACCAGUGGAGCGUCGGCAAGGACGCGUUUUUGGCCUGCACCCAGGGUGUUGUGACAGAGUACAAGUCGCAGAGUUUGAGCAAGGCCAUUUUCAGUGGCGAGGGUCUGUUCGUAUAUCGCAUCACUGGACAGGGUAUCCUGUGGUGCAUGAGCUUCGGUGCCAUCAUCCGCAAGGAUUUGAAAGAAGGCGAGAAGUACUACGUUGAUAACGGUUAUUUGGUUGCGUGGAAUUGCAAAUAUGUCAUGGAACGCGUGGCAUCUGGGGGUAUCGUCUCAAAUUACACGGCUGGUGAAGGGUUGGUGUGCAAAUUCACUGGUCCUGGAGCGAUCUUUAUGCAAACACGUAAUGCGGCAGCUUUUACGACCUGGUUGAGUCAGAAUGCAGCAAAUGUCGCGGCCUAG